AAAGGAUAAUUUGAGAAAAGAAGAAUGAAAUAUGUAUCACGUCUUAAAAACCGGAACGUUUAUUGAUAUGCGUAUCGAACGGUAUCUAUUUAAAAUGCUGUAUUAAUAGUGCGUGUACUGAAGUUGAAGGAGUGGGUUGUACACCUACGCUGUCGCGUGUCACCUGUGUCGAUAUAUAGGUCGAAACAACUCAUUUUAAACUUAUCUUAAGACGUGAAGCAACUUUUCCGUACUCUAAGCUGUAUUAUUAGUGUACGAAUUCACAAGUGUUUUUACACUUUAUUUUACUAUCAAACAAGAAUUAUAACAAAGUACGUUUUUACGUAUUUAAAUUUAAAAAUGGAUUUAUCAACUGCUUUGGGGGUUGUGAUUAUGGUUGUGAGUGUGACUGGAACUACAGACGAUAAAGUAUGUGGUGGGAAACCUGCGGAGAUUUUCUUUCUGCUUGACAGUUCUUCUAGUGUAUGGAGGGAAGAUUAUAAUCGUCAAAAACAGUUUGUGGCCGAUGUCGUCGACAAAUUUGUGAUUUCAGAAAACCAUACCCGUGUAGGCCUUGCUGUUUUUUCAAAUACAUAUCGAUUAUGGUUUCCAAUCGAUCGAUAUUUAGAUAAAGAAAGUAUGAAAAGAGCUGUAAUGCAACUUCCAUACCUUACUGGGGAUACAAAUACGCAUAUUGCUUUAAAGUAUAUGCGAGAACGAGGUUUUAAACCUAGUCUUGUGCGAAAAGAUGUAGCACGUAUUGGAAUAAUUUUAACUGAUGGAAAAUCUAGAUAUACGGAUAAAACUCUUUUGGAAGCUCAGCGCUGUAAAAACGAUGGAAUAGUUUUGUUUACGAUUGGUAUUGGCGAUAAAAUUGAUAUGAAAGAGCUAAAUGCUGUGGGAACCAACCCAUCAUACGUGUUUCAAGUGGCUGGUUUCGAUGUGUUGUAUGAGAUUCGCCAGAAAUUAGCCUUCAAGGCAUGUGCAGUUGAAGCCCCACAAAAAGACGAACCAAGUUGUGGGAAAAUGAAGAAAGCCGAUGUUAUUUUUCUCUAUGAUUCGGGUACUUUGGGAUCUACGCAGGUCGCACAAAUAAAUCUCUUCAUAGAAGAUGUUGUCCCACAUUUCAACAUGGCAUCCGGAAAUAUCAGAACAGGAAUUUUAACAACAAACUGUUACCGUGGCGACUUUAAUCUAGACCAAUACAGGGACAAGACAGAAUUUAUUAAACAACUUCGUAAUUUAGAGAUUCCUGAUUUAAGCUCAGUGGUUCGACGGUUAAGACUUCACAGUUAUAACCCAGAAAAUGGCGGCCGACCAGACGUGAGAAAAAUGGCGGUUAUCUUUUUAGACGACAAAUUACGUGUGCCAAAGAAAGUGAUGUCUGAGGUGUCUAGGGCGAAAUUCGGUGGUAUUGAAAUCUUCGUGGUCACAGUUGGUGACAAGUAUGAUCCAAGGGAAGUAGAAGAUAUUUGUACGCCACCCAUGAACAACCAUAUGAUAAAUUUCAAAAGCUACAACUCGCUUGCUGACGUCAAAAAUGUCACGAGACCAAACUUUAUCAACAUGUUUUGCAACGGUGAGUCGCCUCCCCUUAGAACGACAACAACAACAACAACAACUACAACAACCACAACAACAGUUUUGGCAUUAGAACAGCCACGGGCGAGUGCCAGUUGUGCCUAUUCUGUGUGUAGUGGAGCUAAAAAACAUAUAUCUAUAAAUAGCUUAGUUCUCAUGCUUUUAGUGUUGUUGCUAAACAGUGGAGUAGUGUGAUAACUUAUAUAAUGCUUCCAGUGCUUACAAUCGGUGAUCUGGUGGAUCCCCAGCUAUAGAUGAUUGGGCCAAGAAAUAUAGAUAUCUUAUUGUUAAAUCAGGAAUGCUAAAUACCUUAAAGAUUGUACUCCAUGAACUUCAAGUAAAGCGGGACUGCUUAUUAUUCCAUUAGCAUUCCUUACAAAUAUCGGUCAAAGAUAUGAAAGACAUUUUACAAGAAACCUCUGUGAAGCUUGACCCUUUGAGCGACGUGUGACCUCCAGACUGUUAACACCCCUAAAAUAUGUCUUAAUACAAGAGUGGUUUGCAGCUCUGUUCCAUACGUGACGUUCCUUCCUAGAGUUAUAGUGUGUGAAAUAGAGGAAUUAGCAAUUAUUUGUUAUCGUUUAAGACAAGUUUCUUGAAUAGUCCUGCUUUCGUGCAUUAACCAUUGUAAUUCUUUAUAUACCGAACUGUAAAUUGUGAUCAUCCGUCAGAUAAUGAAAAUCAAAUAUGCAGAGAUUUUACUAUAAUUUAAACUUACAAAAUAUGUACAGAUCAUGCAUGUUUGGAUAUCUAAUGUUGAAAUAGCUUGCAGUAGGUUGAAGGGAGCUCAAGGAUAUAUUGUUGCAAUAUAUGGUAGUCAGAUUUGUCACUCCCGGCUUUAGAUUUUAAAUGUAUCGAAAUAAUAUAAUUUUCCAACACUUUAGGUAGCUUAAAAGCCGUUUUAAUAUCGCACCCAGAGCUACCACGUUAUUUUGGAAACCAAUAACGUUAGAAUGAGGUGGGUGAGUGGGGAUGGGGUCCAAUCAUUUGGCGGACCUCUUGUUUGAUCACAUUUAGCACGAGUCAGUUAAUAUUGAGAUGGCGAUAUCUCGAAAAUCAACUAGUUGCAAAAACUGGGAGUUUUAAAGUUUACAGAGCAAGGAUUAGACGGAAUCGGACAGAUUAGGCUCAGUUUUCGACUUCAUUUAACAUUUCUGGAUAGAAUUAUCGAUUCCAGCUACUGAUUAUUGUUAGAAGUAUUUGUACACAAUCUGCUUUAAAAAUUCCAAAGAUCAUAAACUGGGUAAAUCAUUGAUUCUCGGCAUUUGGUCAUGAAUAAAAUGCAUUUGUUGUCGACCCCACAAGGUUCUGUGAGAAAAAUAGCACUGGAAACAGCUUACAUAAUUAUACUUGUAUCCUCAGCGAUGUCACAAAUCAUCUUAUAAGACUGAUUCGUCUAAUUAUGUUGUGUAAACGUUCUAGGUUGUGACUGAAAGCAAAAUUAAAACAGUUAAAUUGUCGCUCUGAAUUUAAAAAAAUAACUGUAGUGCCAUUUGUCGCUAUGUAUUUGAUUUAUUUAUUCUUAUCUUGAUUUAUAACCAAGCUUGAAGCUUAUUUAUUUAAUACACUCUGCUGAACACGUAAUAGACUUUAAUUAAAGGCUUAUGGGUGUGCAGAGUGCAGCAGUUUUAAAAACGGACGGAUAAAUGGACGAUUUCGCACUAUUUCGCUUUAAUUAACACUUGUAUACAUAUUUAACACAGGAAACCCAAUUUUCAAUUAUUAAAAAUAUGCAAAAUGUAUAUAAUAUUUUUUGGGGUGUUAUAAAGUUUAAAUAUUUUAUAAAUGUUUUCAAAUCUCUAUAGUGAUAUUAUUGUUGCUGAUCUAUAUCUACGGUUUUGUUAAUAACUAGUCUUCCAUUUCUCCCGACAUGUCGAAUUAUGCUGUACUUUAUUGUUGAGUUUUCCAAGAUUAUUUAUUUUAUUUAUGUAAUUCGCGUUCUGUGUAUAAUAUCAUGUUAUUAUUUAUGUAUUAUAUUUUUUUAAAUACUCUCAUAUUAAAUUUACAUGGUUAUCAAAGUAUUUUAAAACAUUUUAUUUAAUAUAUUUAUACCAGUUAUGCAUAUUUUCUUUGGAAAUGAAAUGAAUGGAGUUUAUGGCACGUCAGCUCCAACCGGGCUAUAUGGUGCCAAACACAUGGUGAUUUUGACGAGACAGAUUAAACCAAUAUCACAUAAAUAUAUUUAUAUACAUAAAUAAAAACUAGUAUCACAGACAAUAAUGUUAUUAAAAAUAAAUACAAAUAAAUAUAAGUCCUUUAUUUAUAUAAAUAGAUAAAAACAAAAAUAUAGGAUAUAUUUAUGCAAUUAAAAUUUGUAAUAAAAGUUUGUCUCUUUUAAAAAGUUUAAUAAUUUUCCAUACAGCUCCGGUUAAGCAAAUAAUUGAUGUAGUGACUGGCAACGGUAAUAGUUUGAUCUUACAUUCUUGAGAUGAUUGCACUCAAUCAAAAUGUGUUCAGCUGUCAAAGGAACAUGACAGUGAACACAUUCUGGUUGAAUCUCUCGCUUCAAAAUGAAAAUGUGAGUCAAAAGUAUGACCAAUACGAGAGCUACACAAAACAACCUUAUCCGUCCUAUAGGAGGUUCUAUAGGAGUUGGGCAAGUCUCCUAUGAGAGGUUUAAUGUGAUGAAGUUUAUUUGUGUCUGCAAGAUACCAAGACCGUUGCCAGCGUUCAUAUCUAUAAGAAUUUAUAGAAAAUUUAAAAUCAUUGAAAGGUAUUAAAAAUUAGGAUAUGGGAAGAUCUAAAGCAAACUUAUCAGCCAAAUCUGCUUGAUCAUUCCCUUUUAUAUCCAUGUGACUGGCCGGGGAGCCAGCAAAGGACAAUAUGCUUGCUGAUACUCUCGAAAGAUAGUAACAAACGAUAAUGGGUGAUCAAGUUGUUUAUUAUUUAUUGAAAACACCAUGUAAAACCUCAACAUAAUAACGAAAGUUAAACAUAGGAUGCAGGUCAUUCCCAAUGCCAGGGUUUACGUUGGUUUAUCGCCGACAGAACAUUUCCCUAUUAGCGAAAAUAUGUCGGGAAACGAUUUCGCAUAUUGCCCAUCGCUCGUGAUAUUUAGGUUCAGUGAUAUUUAUAUUCAGUUUUGCUAAAUCUUGAUUAUUUUCGUGAAUGACAAAAGUAGAUUGUGUUUAUAUUUAAUCGCAUGAUGUGUACUAAUGUAAGCAUAAUGUGGUAAGGAAACCAAUGUCCUCUUUAAUGACUUAUUGAAGAGGUAAGUUGGCCAUCUUAGUACAGUUGAGGGGUAAAUUAGUCCAUGGCCGACAAAUUUGUCAUAAAGAUCAAAUAGAACUUAUUAUCGUUUCCCUGUCACGAACUGUUAUUACAACGGACAUUGAUCUUAUCGUAUUGUCGUAACGGACGAAUGAGGUUUGGGUGUCUUUAUAUAGACAUGUGAGUAAUCAAAUGUAAAGUUGAUGAACUUGUAUCAAAAUUAAAGGAUCGUGUUGUGGGUAAGUGGAUAGGUGAUGCAAUAGAGAUAUUUGAAUGCGCACUAAAUCCUGCUAUAAUUUCACAAAAAAACACCCCUUUAAGAAUUUUUAAAACAUAUCUUGUCUAAAUAAUCAACAUAUAUGAAGCAACACUGCUUCGGCUGAAUAAAUAUUGGUAAAACUGAAAACAAAGUAAGACCAAAUCACUAGAUAUUACUUGUAUUUUAAUCAAAACAUUGUAGAACAGGCUGUAUUGUCAUUCUGAAGCAAUAUUUUCGACUCAUUAAACAAAAUUGUUAGCUUUAUGAGCUUAUCAUAUGAACGGAAAGUGUUAUCAAGUGUUCUAGAAAUAAUGAUAUUAUCUUUGUUUUUACACGAGAGUCAUAACACCUAAUAUAUUUAAGUAUUACCUUUAUUAAUUCAUUUGCAAUUAAUUCAUUUAUUUUUUAUUUAUACAUUUUUAUAAGUUAUGCAAUAUAUAAUGUUCUAUAGCGGCGCUAAAUUGGGGCAUCGAGAAUUUAAGUCAUGUAAACAAUUAAUUAUUUAUUGAAAAACUGUUUAUAAGCUAUGCAAUACAAUGUAAAAUAUAUUAUUACGUCAUGUUAUAUAUUUAAACAUUGAUUAUACGCUGUGUACUAUAAUGUUCUAUGCUGUUUAUGUUUUGAUAUAAAAUAGUAAUCUAAAA